ACAAGUUCACCGUGGCCCACGCGUAAGAAAUCAUUCUCGCGACGGUCCCGCAACGGGUGCCGAACCUGCCGAGCUCGCCGAGUCAAAUGCGAUGAAAUGCCGGGGGCGUGCGGCAACUGCACGCGGACCGGACGGCAGUGCGAGUAUGAUCUGCACCGGAUUCCCGAGCGCGCGCGCGUCGGCCGCGUCGUUGCGCCGGCGGCCCAGAUCUCGCUGCCGUGGAAGAUGACCUCGGACGAGCGACGGUGCCUGUCGUUCUUCCAGCACCGUUCGGUGCCCCAUCUGGUGGCCUUCUUUGACUCGCCGCUCUGGCAGCGCCUGAUUCUACAGCUCUGCCACCACGAGCCCGCCGUCUUCCACGCGGUGAUCGCAUUGGGCGCCGUGAACCAGGCGUAUGAGAUCGAGGGCGGACGGCGGCAGCGACUGGUUGCCGUACCGCAGCACCAGCAACAGCACCAGCAACAGAAACGCGGGCACCGUGACCAGGGCCAAUGGUACUUGUUCGCCGUGGAACAAGCCAGCCGGGCGAUCAGCAAGCUCAACGAGCGACGACAGUCGGCCGACCCGCACUUCCAACGGGUGAUCCUGGCGUGCUGCCUGCUGUUCGUGAUGUGCGAGCUGCUGCACCAAAACCCGAGCCGGGCGACUUUCCACCUCCAAUGCGGGCUGCACAUCCUGCGGGGGAUGAACGUGCGCCGCCAGGGCAGCAGCAGCGGAGGGCUGACCUUCAUCGUGGCCGACGGGCCCAACCCGUACCGGGUGGAGGAAUGCGUGGUGGACGCGUUCCUGGGGCUGCAGAUGUGCGCCAUCUUCUACGGGACGCAGGAUCCGCUGCACUUCGACACGGAGCUCGUCUACCACCAACCCUACCACGACCUCUACCUGCACGGGGCCCAGGCCUUCCGGGACUGGGGCCACGCCCGCCAGAUCCUGACCCCGCUGCUCGACACGAUGGCCCUCUUCGUCGCCGAGAGCUGGUACCUCCGCGACGCCGAGAUCGCCGCCCGCUACGCCGCCCUGCACCACCGUCAGCACCGCCUCCUCGCCUACUUCACCCGCUACCUCCACCUCUUCCACGAGUUCUGCCACCGCACCCUCCACCCCCCGAUUACGAUUACAGCGGAACACCACGAAAAACUCACCCGCGAAGCCCACAUCACGCGCCUGUCCUGCCUCUACUCCCUCCUCGCCAUCAAGAUCGCCCUCUUCAGCAAGGAGCGCCCGCUGCCCCCCCGCCUCCUCCCGGACUUCCUCGCCGUCCUCACCGCCGCCGAGGCGGCCAUCGCCCGCUUUCCGGCGGUGACCGAGUCGGCAAACACCGCGGGUCUUCGCCCCGCCGUCACCGCCCGCCCGGAGAUCGUCCCCGCCCUGUGCGUCGCCACCAUGCGCUGUCCGGACUUCGGGCUGCGGUGUCGCGGCAUCGCCGCCCUGCGCGGCUGGGACGCCCAGGAGGCGUUCAUGGGCGCCGCGUUCAAUGCGGAUCUGAUCGAGGAGGUCAUGAAGGUGGAGUUG